AUGAGGGACCAGAUAGACCAGCUGGCCACCAUCACCGUUUUGGGAGUCCUGGAGCAAGUCUAUGCUGAGAAGGCUCGUACAGUCUUUGCUAAACAAACACUGCUGGACUGUUACCAUUCCCAUGUUGUUCUGUUUUUAGCCUAUUUUGCACUGCAGGUGAUCUAUGCCCGUCGGAAGUACAAGAUCUCCCCUCCUGAAACAACAGGUCACCCUGAGUUUGAGCGGAUCUUCAGAGCUCAGGCAAACUGCUCAGAGUACUUCCCAAUCUUCAUUUCGCUCCUCUGGAUUGCUGGAGUCUUCUUCCAUCAAAAUGUGACUGUGGCAUGUGGGCUGCUGUACCUCUACACCCGCCUCAAGUACUUCCAGGGCUACGCCGGGGCUGCGCAGGGACGCUUGGGACCAAUGUAUGCCAGUUCCUUGCUGCUCUGGCUGCUGCUGGGGCUGGCAAUGGCCGGGCUCCUGGCACACUUCCUGCAGCAACACAGUGCCCAGUGAGAGGGGCCAUGGCUCUCCCAAAACCAGUCAGCUGGCACAGAGACUGAGUACCUCCCUGGCUCGGUGUUCCCCUCUGAAGGGAGGUUGAUGCUGGCACUCCUCUGCUCUUCAGAGAUCAUAGGAAGAAAAUGCUGCCCAGCCCCUGCUUCACUGCUGGGUUUUGUAGCACUGUCUGCUCUCAAAUGCCUUUGGCUCUGCCUCGCGGAGCACAGAUUGACCCACAUGCUGUUGUCUCUCCUCCUUACUGCUGUAAUGAUCUGUGUUGGAAGGAUCACAUCA